AUGAGCUACUUCCUGUCCUAUUGUAAAGCACACUGCACCGCCGUGCUUGCCCAGUACCAGAGCCUGAGAUCAGAGGGCUUUCUGUGCGAUAUUUUGCUGAAAGUGAAAGAAAACGAGUUCCCUGCACACAAGUCCUUGUUGGCAUGCUCCAGCGACUACUUCCGAGCCAUGUUCAAAAGCUAUACCCAAGAGUCUAAAGCCAGUGUCAUUCAUCUGCAAGUUGUCUCACCUACUGGUCUCCAGCACAUCCUGGAUUUCAUCUACACAUCCUUGCUACCCCUUUCCUUUGAAAGCCUGGAGGACACUUUGGAAGCUGCAAGCUACUUGCAAGUGACGGAUGCUAUCAGUUUGUGCAAUCAGUACUUAAUCAACAAUCUUGCCUUGGAAAACUGCUGCUUCUCUGCCAAUGUGGCCAGGAAGUUCUAUCUGCCAGAUGCCUUAGCAGCAACAGAAAAAUACAUUAUCAAUAAUGUCUGGAAGCUGCUGGACUUGGAUUUGUCAGGACUUCUUGAGCUGAACUUCAAGUCUUUACUAGCAGUGAUUCAAUCACCAGAUCUCCCCAUGGUGAAAGAAAGCCGCCUGUUGAAUCUUGUGCUGCUGUGGCUGAAGCAGGAUAAAUCCAGGCUGGAUCAUGCAAGCAGCCUUUUAGAGCACAUAAGAUAUGGUCUCAUCCCAGUAGAAGAGCUGAGAAAAACCUACACGCAGUCAGAAGUGUCCCUCUCAGCAGGUAUUAAGUGCUUGAUCAUUAAAGCAAUAAAUUAUCACACAUCUGUAUUCAAACAGCCUGUCCUGCAGGAUAAGUCCACUGCACUGAGGAACCAGAAAACUCGGAUCAUUCUGUUGGGGGGAGGGACAGCAAGUGAGGGGCUUGUCACUGAUGUGGUGGCCUUUGAUGUUUACAAUCACAAGUGGCGAACUCUCACACAGCUGCAGCACAGGGUGCAGAACCACAGUGUGUGCGUGGUGGGGAACUUCCUCUAUGUCUUGGGUGGGGAAAUAGAAAGUGGUUCCCUGGGUGAUGCUAAAACUGAAAAGAUCUUAUUGGUUACGAACAAAGUCCAUCGUUAUGAUCCAAGAUUUAACACGUGGACUCAAAUCACAGGCAUGCUGGAAAAGAGAUGCCAGUUUUCUUGUUGUGUCUUAGGCAAGGAUAUCUUUGCCAUUGGUGGAAGGGGUGAAGAUGGAUCUCUGCAUUCGUCUGUGGAAGUCUAUGAUAUCAGCAGGGACAGGUGGACGAAGGUCAGGGAAUUGCCAUGCAAGAUACAUGGCCAUGCCAGUGCUGUUUGCAAGAACACUAUAUACAUCUCUGGGGGCAAGUACUCAGCCCCAGCCAGCACAAGCAAUGAUGUAUAUUCUCUGAGCUCACUUGAAGGGCAGUGGAUGAAACGAGCCCCAAUGAGCAUUGCUCGGUUUGGGCAUCAGAUGGCAACAAUCAGGGAAUCCAUAUUCACCUUUUUAGGAUUAUAUGAACCAUUCUCUGAAAUAGAAAGGUACGACCCUGACCAAAACCAAUGGACCCGGUUAAGACCACUGGUCUAUGAUCGAUUUUCCUAUGGCCUGGCAGUGGUAGAGGAAACAGCUCUUCUUAUCGGGGGAAAGAAAUGGCAAAACUCACUGGAAGUCUCCACGCAGGACGUGGUUGGCUACGACAUUGACAACGAUGGCUGGGAGGAGAUCUGCAAAGCCCCUCUGCCUUGGUGUGGGCUGCAGUGUGCCGUGCUCCAGCUCUCUGAGACGGCUGACGAGCGGGACAGUGACAGCCAGCACAAGAAGCUGCCCAACUGCUGAACUCACAACACUGAGGAACAUCCAUCCCAGGAGAUGAGCAAGCGGGGCGGUCCUGGAGAAGAAAACUGCGGUGGCACUGAAUGGGAGAAAGUGGAACUUUUGCUUGGAUGAGCCAAAUGCUCGGUGGAAACAGGCAAGAAAAUCUGGCUCCAGGACAGAAAACACUGCUAGGAUUUAUAGAGCCAGAAGCUGAUCUCACUGAGCAGGGAUGUAGCAAGCAGCAUAUUUAG